CUGAAAGUCAACAGUGCAACGUCCGUUGGCUGCGGUUAACGGUAGCUUUCAUUGCCUUUUUGAAAAUCCGUGUGAUGUGUAGUUUUAUUAUUUCUGCCAGGCUCGUAACGUUGACAAAGGACGGUUGACUUGCUAGCACUCUGACGGUUUACCUUGCAGUUCCGUUACUCAUUAAGAAGGGAUGAAAAAAAAAUAACCCCUGCGGUUUAUGAACAGCAGGUGCACGGGAAUACCACAGCACCUGCCGCCGCUACAGGUGGGGGCGUUACCGGAUUUGACGGAGACGUAGGAAUGAUGCUUAAGUGCUAGCUAACAUUUACGGUUUCGGAGUUGCACAGUCUGCGUUCAUGUCUCGGAAAAAGGCUGAGUCACUGCUGGUAAGGAGGAAGGUCUGGAGAGGGAACGAGAGAGGAGGAGGUGGAGGAGGAGGGGGAGAAGAAGAAGAAGAAGAAGGGAGGGAGGCAGGGAGAUAAGCCACAACAGGAAGCAAAACGACACACGCGUGCACACACACACACACUGCGUGUUUGUGUGUGUGUGUCUGAGAGGGAGACUGCGCGAACGAGAGGGUGAACGGGAAAGGAAGGGAGGGAGAGUGACGCGGAGGCUGGGAGAGCCGGCCCCCCCCUCCUCCUCUCCUCCUCCUCUCCCUCUUUCUCUCCUCUCCUCCUCUCCUCCCCUCCUCCCUCUCUCUCUCUGUGGAGCAGGCGUGUAGCGGCAUCAGACUCUGCGUGAAGGAACCAUGAGCGAUGUCACCAUCGUUAGAGAGGGAUGGCUCCAGAAACGGGGUGAAUACAUAAAGAACUGGCGGCCACGUUACUUUCUGCUGAAGACAGACGGCUCCUUCAUCGGCUACAAAGAGAAACCUCAAGAUGCAGACCUGCCCUACCCCCUAAAUAACUUCUCUGUAGCAAAAUGUCAACUGAUGAAGACGGAGAGGCCAAAGCCAAACACCUUCAUCAUACGAUGCCUCCAGUGGACCACCGUCAUCGAGAGGACCUUCCACGUGGACUCUCCUGAUGAGAGAGAUGAGUGGACAGAGGCCAUCCAGAUGGUGGCUGACAAGCUGCAGAGACAAGAGGAAGAAAGGAUCCAGUGCAGCCCCACCUCCAACAUCGACAACAUGGUCGAGGAGGAGAUGGACAUCUCCACCACACACCACAAACGCAAGACAAUGAGUGACUUUGACUACUUGAAGCUGCUGGGAAAGGGAACCUUUGGUAAAGUGAUUCUUGUCCGAGAAAAGGCCAGCGGGAAAUACUACGCCAUGAAAAUUCUUAAAAAAGAAGUCAUCAUAGCCAAGGAUGAAGUGGCUCACACACUCACAGAGAGCAGAGUACUGAAAAACACCAGGCACCCCUUUCUCACUUCAUUAAAGUAUUCAUUCCAGACUAAAGACCGCCUCUGUUUCGUCAUGGAGUAUGUAAACGGAGGAGAGCUGUUUUUCCAUUUGUCCAGAGAGCGGGUGUUCUCAGAGGAGCGCACGCGCUUCUACGGCGCCGAGAUUGUCUCGGCUCUUGACUACCUGCAUUCGGCCAAGAUUGUGUACCGGGACCUCAAGUUGGAAAACCUGAUGCUGGAUAAAGAUGGCCAUAUCAAGAUCACCGAUUUCGGCCUCUGCAAGGAGGGCAUCACAGAUGCUGCUACCAUGAAGACCUUCUGUGGCACGCCCGAGUACCUCGCACCUGAGGUCCUGGAGGACAAUGACUACGGUCGUGCGGUGGACUGGUGGGGUUUGGGUGUGGUGACAUAUGAGAUGAUGUGCGGCCGACUGCCGUUCUACAACCAGGACCACGAGAAGUUGUUUGAGCUCAUCCUCAUGGAGGACAUCAAGUUCCCGCGCACUCUGUCUUCCGACGCCAAGUCCCUGCUGUCGGGCCUGCUCAUCAAAGACCCCAACAAACGGCUUGGUGGAGGACCAGAUGACGCUAAAGAAAUAAUGAGACACAGUUUCUUCUCUGGCGUUGACUGGCAGGAUGUCUAUGAUAAAAAGAUGGUCCCUCCCUUCAAGCCUCAGGUGACGUCGGAGACAGACACCAGAUACUUUGACGAGGAGUUCACAGCCCAGACCAUCACAAUUACUCCACCAGAGAAAUUUGACGAGGACGGGAUGGACUGUCUGGACAACGAGAGAAGACCGCACUUCCCACAGUUCUCCUACUCUGCCAGUGGGCGGGAAUGAACUGUCCAACACGGUGACAUCAUUACAGCUGGUCUCUGAGGUCAUCAGUGUGGGACAAAAGACCCACAGCUUUGGACUGACCCAGAAAGACUUUUUGCCCUUCUCCUCCUCCUCCUCUCUUUUUCACCUCUGCAGUCUGCUUCUCUAUUUUAUUUUUAUUUUUGUGAAUUCCGUUUUAGAGAGAACUUCCAGUCAAAAUUACUUUCUAAUCCUGCACUGCAACCCUAGGUGAUCCGAACUGUGAUGUGAUCAGUUACUAUGUAAUGUCCCUUUAAUGACAGGAGCAUCACCGGUGCCCUGCUGUGCUUUGACAUGUGUCGGUCCUGCCAAACUCUAAAAGAACAAAUACUUUUUAAGGAGACAUAUUUAUGGCUUCUUAUCUAUAAGAUGAAGAUAUAGCAUUUUAAGUCAUUCAAACCUAAACUGCCAUUACCGGUUCGAUCUCAGGCUUUUGCAAACACAGAUACUCUCAGACUCUGAGUCACUCGGGUCUGAUUUCAAAUGCUCACCUAAAUAAUUCUGGGAUUGACUGAGGCUGCCUGGCAUUGAGGGAGCAGUUGUCAUCAGCGAGCAGAAUCCUACAGCUUAUGUUGUCGAGCAGGAUUUGACUCAGGUUUGGCUCAGUGCAAGUCAUUAUUGUUGUUGCUGCUAUUUCAACUACUACCACAACUACUACAGGUUCUACUCCUCUUACUACUACUAUACUGCUACUACUAAAACCCGGUGCUACACUACUAGCUUAAUGCUGCAGAUCAUUUAACAGGCGCCAGCAAAGCAUCAAUCACCUGCAUUACCAUCUAUGCUUAUACAGCGGCAGAACAGGUGUUGCUAGUACUUCUAAUGUAAAGCUAUUGCACAUCAACUCUGUAGAUUAAGACGAUGAAAGGAUGUGUGUGUGUGUGUGUGUGUGUGUGUGUGGGGGGGUACUCUUAUGGGUUUGUGUUUAAGAACGCACUUCAAAGCACAGCAGUUCAGAAGGAUGAAGCUCCCAAACCAUGAGCUUUACUACGUUACCCACAAUGCAGUGCAAGGUGGUUUAUAUAUCCAUCACUGUGGAGGUGAAAAUGAGAGGAAAACAGUUGGUUUGAAUGUUUCCCCACUUUUUUUAAUUUAUUUAUAUACUCUCUAAGUUUAAUUAUCCUCCCCAAAAGGGAAAACAAAAGCGAAACUGUACUUUGUGUCGAUGCUGAAGCUUUACCGUGACGUGUUGUCGUCACGGCUUUGGGAACCACACGGCUGUACCUCUCUGUCUUUGUGCAGGAAAGAGAAACUGCAGCAGGAGCAAGUUCCCCACAGAGUGAAAAGAGAAGUCCAAGAUGGCAGGUUGGGCAUUGUUGGUGAGGAGGGAGAGAGAGUAUAGGUGAAAAGUUCCAAGAAUGAUGAAAUAUUUAUAAUGUGAUCAUUUAUGAUGUAAUGAUGAGUGAGGUAACAGCUGAUUUCCUGUUUCCAGGGAGAUUCUUAUGAAGGAUUGUUUUUUAAAAGACCUUAUGGUCUGUGAGGAGGUACGCAUCAACAGUUAUGGGUUUACACCAAUCAUAGCAAUGACUAUAUAUAUAUAUAUAUAUGUUCUAUUUAUUGUUCUACGCAUCGGUUUUAUAUUUAACUUUUCUAUUGUUAUUACAUGAUUCUAGGGGGAAAAAAAUAUUUCUUAGGGCUGAGAGAAAAAAAAAUGGCACCUCAAGAAAACAAAAAUGGCUGAAGAAUGUAGGAGGGAAAGCAGAUAGCCUUCCUGCUCCAUUGUUUAUUUUAAUGUUUUUUUGUGUUGUUUUGUGACCAAAAUGUGACAGCUGAAAGGUGACAGGACACAUUAAAGACAGAUAGUUUACUUUUGAGCUUGAAGAAGGUAAGAAACAAACCUUUUCUUCUUCUACUUUAUCCUUCAGGUGUUUACUAUGAGGGCUCAUCUGACAUAGUUAUUGACAAAAAUGCUUCCCAUAUUUAAUCUGACCACAGGUGUGUGUUGGUGAAGGCUGAGAGACAGAACAGUCAGAGAGAAAGAAAAAGUGAAAGUUGAGCAGAAAGAAAACAAGUGCAGCAAAGAAGUCUGAAUGUAAAGCGGUAAGGAUGAAAAAGAUUCAAUGCUGAACUGUAAGUGCUACUUUUUACGUGUUGAGACAGCGUAGAGGAGGAGGAGGAAUGAUAGCGUUUGGAUAUGAAAUGUGAGUUUGUAAGGUCAGUCAGUUCUUUGGAGAUGAGAAAGAGCAAUAUCCUACCUUUUAUUUUAAGAUUGUACCUGUCAUUAAUGUGCGCUGUCACUUCUCGGGUCUGGACUUUGUUUGCUUGUGUCGUCAUGUCUUCCAGUCUGACCAACAAGAUUUAAAAUCCCCUCAAUUUCUCUGUCUUCAAACGCCAGUAAGCCUUAUGGUUUAGCUCAGAAUAACGUUGACAUCCUGCACUUCAGAGUCAAAAAAAAUCACCACAUGUGAGGAAAUAUAUUUUUUAAAAUUUGAAAUGUCAACUGCAUCUUUAAAAAAAAACAAAAAAAAAACAUGGUAUUAUGUGGAAGACGUCACCUUCAACAUCUGGAUGACACAUAUUUAUAGAGAGCACCAGGGGAUGUGCUCUCAUACGGCAUAGGAAAUUGUAUUCCAAUAUUUAUUUGAAUAUUUUUAUUAUCAUUGAGGAUAACUUGAAUUUCUUUUCUAUUUAAUUUAUUUGAUGUCAUUUUGUUUUGGAAAUUAGCAGUAAGGAGGUGUAGUCGUGUUUCACUCUGCAGUUUAAGUCUUCAGAGAUUUUGUUCUAAAAAAUAAAUGCCUCCUUUUUUUUCUUUAAAGAUAUCUCUUACACGACACAUUACCUGUUUUUCCGCUGCUCUUAAAAGUCCAUAUGCUUUACUCUUGCACAUCCAUUAAAUUGCUAUUAGCUGGCAAAGGCGCUUGAUGGCAGAAAGUAGAAAAGGAUGGCGCUGGCCUGCAUGCUGUAGUCCUCUGUCCGCACUACCAGUCCUGAGUCAAAGUGGCCCUCUGAACUCUUAUGAAAAAUACUUCCCUGUGAUCGAUUGAGCCUGUCUGGCACAGCUGAAGCAGCCGAAUAGUUCAAAAUGAGUACAAUUUCCACCCAGCUGGCACCCUCCACAGGCUCAGGCAAACACUCCCAAGUAUUUGGAAGGAUUUCAGCUUUGAUUUGACCCAGGUCUGCGAGCGACUGAGGAGUUCUAGCUGUAUGUGCACGCUUACCGCCAAAUUCAUUAGAAACCAGAGUUCAUAAAAUACAGCUUUGUAGCUUUGGCCACAGCACUUUCACAUCCAUCACUUCUAAUAUGAUUUAGAGGAAUCUGAUCCAGCCCUGCUUUAAAGGAAGUCGUUUUUUUUUUUAUAGCUUUUUUGCUUUUAAGAAACUUAGGAUUUUUAAAGCACAUCUCCCCUCCACAUACAUCCGAUAGCUUUGAUGUUGCUUUUGAUGUCUAGAGAUGGCAAGACCUUGGUCAUUGUGUCCCACAUACCAGAAACGAGUCAGUGCUGCCACUGCAGAAUUACGCUCAGCGGAAAUGUUCAGUAAGUUGGUCAGUCUUCAUGAACUAAAAAUGUUUGGAAAAAUCCACUGAUGUCACUAACUCCUUAUCCUCUUUUCAAAAGUUUUCCCUCCGUAGAGCCUUUAACUCUCCUCGUUUAAUGCUCUACAUAUAUCCACGUUCAUUUACUGGCAGCAGAAUCAUGCUGCCAGUAAAUCAUGCCAGAUGCUGAUUCUAAUUAUAUAAGAACACCUUUUCAUCCAACUACUCUAAGUGGAGAAGGUGGAGAUUAGAUUUCCUCUUCAUCAAUGUGUGUUUUCCCCUAAACACUAUGAAUCCAGACUGAUCUCAUGAAGUGGCGUAGGUAUGACACGCCAAUUCGUAUGCCAUUAUUGACUCGUUAU